AAAAACUACUUCCGUUGUUUAGCCCAGAAGUGGUGACGUAUAACACAAGCACCUGCAAAGGGAGGAUGGCGAUAGAUUUGCGGAAAAAUAAAGAAGCCCUUUUACAGGCUUAUAACGAAGUAGUCAGUGAUAAAAAUAAUGUCGAUUGGGCAGUUUUUGGAUAUGAAGUUCAGACACCAGUCCUCAAAUGUGUGGAAACUGGAGAAGGUGGACUUGAAGAGAUGUCCGAUAGUCUGAAUGGUUCCAAGAUCAUGUAUGCCUACUGCAAAAUACUGGAUCCCAAUACAAAUUUACCAAAAUAUGUACUCAUUAACUGGCAAGGUGAAGCAGCACCAGAAUCCAUGAAGUUUAAAUGUGCAAACCAUUUACCAGAUAUUCAGAAAUUUUUUAGGGGUAUACAUGUAGUUAUUAAUGCCAGAACAGAAGAAGACAUAGAUCCAGAUGAUGUUACAAAGAAAGUGGCAAAAUCUUCAGGAUCAAACUACAGCUUCCAUAAAGAAAAACCUAAACCUAAAGAUGAUAGCCCAGCACCUGUGGGAUCUGUUUAUCAGAGAACAGUUGCAGCCAGAGAUAUAAACACAAAACAGAGAGAUCAGUUCUGGGCAGAAAAAGAGAAAGAAGAACAAAGAAGAGUAGAAGAAGAUAAGAAGAAAUCAGGGUUAGAAAAAAAGAAACUUGACCAAGAGAGGAGGGAACGUGAGAAAAAAGAGGCAGAAGACAGGGACAAAGUAGUGAAAGAGAGAAUGAAAGUUGUUCAUGAACAAAAAGUCAGAGAAAGAAGAGCUAGUCAGAUAGAUAAUGAAGAAGAAAAGAAAAGAUGGGAAGUUGAACAGGGCAGACAGGUGAAGGAUGAAGAAGAAAGGGCUCAUAGGAGUGAAAUAAUGAGGAAGGAAAGGGCUGCAGAGGCCACUAAGUUAGCUUCCACAUCAGCUUCAAAUGCCAGAAAUUUAUUUAAGAGGCGAGAAUCACAAACAGAUGAAGAUUCCAGGCGAGCACCACCACCUCCAAGGAAGCUGAGAGGAGAUUUCCUGUCUCAAGGAGAAAACAAUGAUCAACAAACCAGAAAACAACCGAUACAGUUACCAAGGGAAGAGGAACGUAGUCCACCCCCUGGUCGACAGCCAUCACCUCCUAGGAGACAGCCAUCACCACCAAGACGGGAACCAUCACCUCCUCCACGACAGCAAUCACCACCAAGACGGGAACCAUCACCUCCUCCACGACAGCAAUCACCACCAAGGAGGGAACCUUCACCUCCACCAAGAGAGCCUUCACCCCCUCCCAGGGAGCCAUCACCACCCCGAAGUCCUUCACCACCCAGACAAACAUCACCACCCCCAUCAACAGAGAGUACACCCAAAACCAGAAAUUUGUUAGCAGAAGGAAUGCCUCAGAGACAAGAUUCAGAUGAAGAACAAGAUGUGGAUGUAUGGGAGGAUGAGCCAGAAACAUCAAUUCCAGCAGUUCAACAUGAAGAAACUGUUCAGUAUGAUGAACAAAACUAUCAACAAGAAGAACAACCUACAGAUGACCAACAAUACACAGGGGCACCAGCAGUAACACCAGGGGGCACUGCAACAGUUACAGCAUUGUAUGACUAUCAAGCAACUGAUGACACAGAGAUAAGCUUUGACCCUGGUGAUACUAUAACAAAUGUAGAUAUGAUUGACGAAGGAUGGUGGACAGGUACAGGGCCAAGUGGACAUACUGGGAUGUUUCCUGCUAAUUAUGUGGAAGUCGUGGAAUAAUUUAAAUAUAAUACAAAAAAUUCUUUACUUAUUAUAAGCACAUAGAUUGGAAAUUUAUUUUAAAAACAGGAUUCUGUAUAGUAAUUUAAUACCAGGUUUUUAUUUAUAAUCAAGAUUUAAUUGAAAUCUGACAUUGCAAUAAACAUCCAUUUAUUUGUGAUAGUGUAAGAUGUGGAUUUCCACAUAUUUUUUAUUAGUUAUUCCCUAAAUUUCUUCAUUUCCAAAUUUGAAUAAUAAAUUUGAAUUCUCAUUAAGCAUUUUUUACCUGAAAACCAACUUAUCAAUGUAAAAUCAGAAAAUAUCAAUAAUAACACACAAAGUACUUAGAAUUUUAUCUAGAGCUAUCUAGUUGUGAUUAUUGUCACAAAGUUAAUGUUAGUUGUAUAUUUGAGAUCCUUCAUGUACUUUUAUAUUUUAUUAUGUGACCAAAUCAACAGGAUUGAUUACUUUAUAAACAUUUGCUCAUUUUAUAGCUAUAUUAAGCUUUGCUUCAUUUUAUACACUGACUCAAUGUUUACCUCUCAAUACAAUUUGUGACAAAACUAUUCAUGUAAGUUAUAAUUCACAAUUAAAUUAACAAAUCCAUGUAUCUAAAUGGCCUUUUCUUACAUAUCACAUUUUUUAGUACAGUUAAAAUUUACAAGAUUUUGUUUAAACAAGUUUAUUUUCUUUCUUACUCUGGAUUUAGAAUUGGUAUACCAGUAUAUUUAAACACCUAAUUCGGUAUUGACUUUUUUUUGUGGCAAGCUUUUUAUGUAAUUGAUAUGAAUGUAUGUUUUUAUGUUACUUCAGAUUUUUUUUCAGUUUUCUGAAAUUAGAUAUGCCCUAUAAUAGGAACAUUAACUGAAAUCCACAUUGACAAGGUUCAGGUUCAGGUUUGAUUUUCUUUUUCCGUUUUUAGAUAUUUUAUCAUAACUUGAGGGAUUGUGAAGUAAAUUUUGAAAAUAUUUUGUAUAAAAUAAAUGAAAGUCAUGGUUGCACUAUUGAAAUCUAUAUCAUUAGAUUUAUGGUGAUUGAAUGUAAGCACACCUGGAAUUGUAUACUCAUAAAUUGGGAUUUUUUUUGGUCUUGAUUUUUUUUUAUGAUUUCAUGAUUUGCAUGUAAAAGUAAGUUUUGAUUACUUUUGAUUAUAUAUUUAUUAAGCUGACUGUAUAGAAUAUGAUCAAAAUAAAUGAAGAAUUGAUGUGGUUAAACUAUUUAAAUGAUGGUAUAUUUAAUAUGGAAACAUGACAUAUUUUUUGCAGUUAAAAAUCAACAUGUGUAAGAUAACUCAGUAAUAUUUGCAGCCCUUUUUUUAUAAUGGUUGUAGUAUUAAAAUUGUAUGACUGCAUACUACUAGAACAAAAGCAAUAUAUUCUUUGCAUAUUAAAAGAUAGAACAUUAUAUAAAAGGCUUUCAAAAAUAGUUGUAGUCUUUAGAAGUUAGUGCUUAUCAUACCCGUUGACUCUUUUUUUUAUGGUAUAUAUACAUAAUUUGUAUUAUUUUUAUAAUCAGUUUAUAUUAACUGAAAGCUUGAAGAGUAGAUGUUGAAACACAUGUAUGUUCUAUGCAAAUAAAUUAUUGGUGCAUUUUAAAAGAAUUUCAUAGACAUUUGAUUUGUUAAGAAUACAUGGUAUGUGAGUGAUGUAUGAAAAACCAAUUGACGAUUUUGUAAAUAAACAAUUGUAAAAUA